GUUAGCUUAAAACCCUAAACCUGAGUCCCCAACUUUCCACCACUACAAACAACUCCUCCACCGCCUAUGGCCCUUAACUCACUCCGCCUUCGCGGCACCCGAUUCCUCUCCUCCUCCCUCCUCCACCACCACUUCUCCCUCCUCCACUCUGAACCCAUUUUGCCACAACCUUCUACCCCUUCCUCCAACACUACCAUCACAUUCGCUACUGGAACCUUUCUCUCCCAAUCAAGGCGAUCCUUAACUUCCACUACCACACUGUCCCUAUCUUCUCGGAACCGCUCGUUCAACCCGGAGACCGACGAGAUCGGGCCGGACACCAUCCUCUUCGAAGGAUGCGAUUACAAUCACUGGCUUAUCACCAUCGAUUUCCCCAAGGAUCCCGCCCCCACUCGCGAAGAAAUGAUCGAAUUCUAUGUCCAGACUGCAGCCAAAGUAUUCGGAAGUGUGGAAGAGGCGAAGAAGAAAAUAUAUGCAAUAAGUACAACUACAUAUCAAGGCUUUCAGGUUGAGUGUUCAGAGGAAACAUCAGAGAAGUUUAAGGGUCUACCUGGAGUUGUAUUUAUAUUACCAGAUUCCUACAUCGAUCCUGUAAAUAAGGAAUAUGGAGGAGACAAGUAUGUCAAUGGAGAAAUUUUUCCUAGACCACCGCCACUUUAUAGAGGGAGACAGGGAGGAAACAGGCAAAGUCGUCCGAGAGGCCAAACAUCAUAUCAGCAAGGAAAUGCAUCUUAUAAUGACUCACCACCGAGAAAUCAUGGUUGGAACUAUGGCCCACCACCACAGCAGCAGAACUAUGGCCCACCGCCGCCGCAGCAGAACUAUGGCCCGCCGCCGCAGCAGCCGAACUAUGGCCCACCUUCACAGCAGCCAAACUUUGGGCCACCUUCACAGCAGCCGAACUAUUGCCCACCUCCACAGCCAAACUAUGGCCCACCUCCACAGCCAAACUAUGGCCCACCGCCACGGCAAAACUUUGGGCCUUCACAGCAUCACAGUCAUGGCCAGCCACCAAAUUUCCCACCUCAACAGAAUUACAGUCCACCUGGAGCAGGGGAAAGAAGUGGUCCUGCACCACCAAAUUAUACCCCUGGAGGAUGGGAUAACAGCAGGAGAGAUCCAAUGCCUUCAUUCCAGGGAAAUUACGAGCAGUCUGGGAAUUAUAAUGUUCAAGGACAAAGUGAUUUAUCACGAAGAAAUCAGUAGAGUGUACCUCCCGAGCAAAAGGGCUUUAUUAGACACGAUCAAACCCAUGGAAUUGAUCACAAGUUUUCUCAGGUUGAUCAGAGGAGCAACAAGUAAGCACGAGAACAUAAAAAAAAAUUCUUCGAUUGGGGGAUAGAUAACUCUCUCUUUUGUUAGUCUUUAUUAGUUGCUCUUGAAAUGGUUGCAGAUUGUUAAUAUGUUAAUUCACUGUGGCAUUAUGCAAAAGGCUUAAAUAAUCUUCUCAUUCUGUGCAAGUGUUUGAUUUCCGUUUGAGAGUGAUUGGUUUUA